UUAUACUGUUAUUGUAGCUCUGGAUAUUAUUAUACAUAUUCGAUAGCGGUGGUGGUGAGGACGAUGUAGUAACCCACCGGCAUUGUUGUUGAUGAAGACGAAGAUGAUGAUGGUGAUGGUGAUUUCUCUCUCCUCUCACUUAAAGGUUUUCAAAUUGAUUUUCCGGUAAAAAUUCUGGUCGAGAUACAAACUAGCCUUGAGGUCUUCGAAUUACAAAGGAAAAGAGGUGAGAAUUUUUUUUUUUUAAAAAUAAGGUUUCCGGUGGAGAAAGAGGAGAGAGAGGGGGAAAGAGGAGAGAGAAGGGAAAAGAGGAGAGAGAGUAUUUUUUACAGCUGGUAACAAAAUAAUUACUGUCUAAAUAUUUACUUGAAAGUACAUUUUUGCCCCUAGGUAUGGACCAAAGGAGUCCAUACCUGGUAGUGGUCCAUCAUACCUCCUAUUACUACUAUUCUGCUACGAUUUUGAUCUUAUUGCUUACUAAAGAGUACUCCAUACUAGUAUGAUUUUGAAAUAAAACUUCCUAUGAAUACUUACUACUCAUAUAUAGUACAAGUACUAAUCCUGCUCCUAUGAACUUUUUCAAAAGUGAGUAUUAUUCUAUUACUAGUAUAAUUUUGAAAUAGAACCUCCUUUGAUCUUAUUAUUAUGAUAAACUCGUAUCGCGUUCAUAUUUAAACAUCUACGUGAUAUAACUUUAGUGGGACCAAACUUUAAUUCCUCUGUUAGUGCAGUUUUCUUCGUUUCUCAAUUUACUACUCCACUCCUUUUAAGAGAAAAGGCAACCCCCAUACUUUCUUUGCCUCACUCCUAAUAUCUCUCUCUUUUCUUUCCUAAAUUCUCUCUCUUUCUUCAUCCAAACACAAACACACACAACUAUGGUAAACCCAGAAACACCAUAUGAAACGCCACUUAAAUCCAAAAUCUCCGUCUUCCGCCAAAAAACGACGUCGUAUUUCUCCGACGUCGUAAUGUUUUUGGGUGGCUCUCUUGUUGCUUUCCUUCUUCUAUGGUCCCUCUGGUGCUUCACAGCCCCUCUUUCUUCUUCCUCAUCCUCUAACUUCUCUUCCCCAUCUCAACCCACCGAAACCCGACCCGACCCGACUACAUUCUACGACGACCCGGAAUUAUCCUACACUCUCCAAACCCAAGUCCAAAAUUGGGACGAGAAGCGAAAACAGUGGCUUAGCCGGAACCCAGAAUUCACGGGUCAGAACCGGGUUGUUAUGGUAACCGGGUCAAAACCCGGCCCGUGUAAAAACCCAGUAGGGGACCUCUACCUGCUGAGAUUCUUUAAGAAUAAAGUGGACUACUGUCGGAUUCACGGCUACGAUAUAUUCUACAACAACGUGUUAUUGGAUCCAAAAAUGUUCACAUUUUGGGCCAAGUAUCCGGUUAUAAAGGCCGCAAUGUUGGCCCACCCGGAAGCCGAAUGGAUCUGGUGGGUUGACUCAGACGCAGCCAUUACUGACAUGGACUUCACCCUCCCACUCGAAAAGUACAAGGCCCAUAAUUUAGUGAUCCAUGGUUGGCCCAAAUUGGUGUUUGAAAAGAAGAGCUGGACUGGGCUCAAUGCUGGUGUUUUUCUGAUCAGAAACUGUCAAUGGUCCAUGGAUUUGAUAGAGAAAUGGGCCAGUUUCGGCCCAUUAAGCCCAGACUACGAGAAAUGGGGGGCAAUCAUGAAGUCAGUGUUUACUGAUAAGUUAUACCCGGAAUCAGAUGAUCAAACAGGGAUAGCUUAUCUAAUGGUGAAAGAAGGGCAAAAAUGGAAAGACAAGAUAUACUUAGAAGAUGAGUAUUACUUUGAAGGGUAUUGGGUGGAAAUUGUAGAUAAUUUGGAUAACAUUACGGCGUAUUAUAGCAAGGUUGAGGCGAAAGAGCGCAAGUUAAGGAGGAAACACGCGGAGAAAGCAGGGGAAGACUAUCGUGCGCAGUGGGAGUAUAGUAUGGAGAAAGAAGGGGUGAAAUUGAUGAAGAGACCAUUUAUAACACAUUUUACAGGGUGUGAGCCAUGCAGUGGGAAACAUAAUGAGAUGUAUAGUUGGGAAUCUUGUUUAAAAGGGAUGAAUAAAGCAUUGAAUUUUGCUGAUAAUCAGGUGCUUAGGAAUUUUGGGUAUUUUCGUCCUGAUUUAGAUAAAUCUUCUUGGGUGCAGCCUCUUCCUACUUAAUUAUUAGCUGCAUAUUUAUGUUACUAUAUAAAGUAGUAUAUUUUACAUCCCUUAUUUUUUGUUUGUUUGGUUUAUAGUUUUGAGUACUAGUAAUCUAGUAUUAGUUGAUGUACUAAGGUUUAAGAGGAUAUGUACAUAUAUAUGAGCAUGUGAACAAUUGGAUUGGUGUGAAAUACAACAUAGGUAGUAAUAUGAAUUUGCUCUUGCUUUAAGACUACAUUAGAUGUACUGUAAGUGUAAUGCAGUAGUUAUUCUACGAAGAAUUAUUUUAUUUGGGCAGACAUGUACAGUUAUUUGUGAGUAUGGGAGGAUUUUUAAAAGGAAA